AUGACGUUGCAGGAGAAACCGAGGAGAGUUUUUCAGGCCGUUUUCUUUAGCCUGUCUCUUCAAGAACUUGGUUCUGUCCCGACAGGUGUCUGCAGUCAACUGGUGAUUACUCUUGCUGGUCCCACUGUGGUGAAUGAAAUAGCUGGCAACAAUGUGACUCUGUCUGUGUCCUUGAGUGGUGCCUCCGACGCAGCAGUUGUCUGGUUUAUGGGAGAUCUUCCUGUUGGCACAUGGAUUCUAGACUCCACUGAAGAUCCAGACAUAGCUGAAAAUCACAAGGAUGUGCUCAAGAUUGAGAGAAGUGGAUCCCUAAGCUUUGUAAAUGUGCCACUUGGCUAUACAAGUAACUACACCGUUGAAAUGACAAAGUCUGGACUGGGAAAAGUCUCGACUACUUUCACUCUGAAAAUAUUUGAAAACUUCCAGAACCUGACUCUGAGCACACAGCCAGACUUUGCCAAAGAGGGAACGGACCGGUUCACCUUGCAAUAUAGCAUGCUGGAAGGAGUGGUUGAGCAACAGAUGUGGUUCUUCAAUGGCAGAGAGAUAAAAACCAACUCGCAUUAUGUGGUUGAGCAAAGGAGCCUUGUGAUCCUCGGCCCAAACCGAAGCGACACGGGACAGUACUCAGUGCACCUGAUAAACCCCUUCAGCGGUGCAACUGCUCUUAAGAAUGUCACUGUGCGGUAUGGACCAGAUGAGCCCACACUUGAUGCCCAGCCAGCUAAGCUUUUCUAUGUGGUGGGAGACUCUGUGAGGCUCUCCUGCCAGGCUGAGGGAUACCCACAGCCAACUAUUCAGUGGCUCUUUGGUGUUCAGAUCCUUUCUAAUUCCAACAAAGGAGUCCUAAAUCUAACAGAUAUACAGGCCAGUCAAGGAGGUGUUUAUACAUGCAGUCUGCUCAACGAGGAGACUAACGAAAGACGUCAAAAGAACUUGACUUUAACUGUUUAUGACAGGCCGGUGGGCAACCCGAUGUGUUCUGUGAAGUCUGUGAAUAACACUGACCUGCAGUAUCACUGUGGAUGGAUGGGGGGAACCCCACAGGCCCAGCUGUCUUUCCCAGCACUAAACAGCAUGAGUACUGGAGCAGGACACAUCAGCCUGAAUGUCACUGCCUCAGAUAACCUAAAUGGAAAAACUGUUGAGUGCAUGGCGUACCACCCACUGGAACAGAAUCAGUGCAAUAUUACUGCAAGCAGUCCAGUGGAGUUCCUUCCGCAUGUAACAGCAGUUGACCGUGAUGACAAAAUACAAGUCACGAUCCGCUGUGUCAGUGAGGCCUCACCUCAGGCUGUGGUGUCAUGGUACAGAGGCAGCGAAGCUGUUACCAAUGGGACAACGCACCAGAUCAGCAAUGACACCACACAACUUAAGAUUCAUGAUUACAAAUUCAACAAUUCUCUCCUUCAAAACUACACAUGCACGUGCCGCAACCCACUAGGCAGCCAAAGGAGGGAAGUUCUGCUACAAGGACCAUCGAUCUCAAAUUUCAGUUUGUUCCCUAAUCCAAAUAGAACCACCGUCACGUUGAACUGGGAGGUCCCACAUACAUCUGUUGUCACAGGCUUUGACAUCCAAAUGAAAGGGCCAGCUCAAAAUUCUACAGCCACCCGCAGUGGUGGCAGCUCAGACGGAUAUCGCACCAUCCUGAAAUUACCAGGCUCUGAUAGGAGUGUGGAUAUUUCAAACCUCGAUCCUGACUUGACCUACCGGUUUCGGGUCAUCCCCAAAGCUCAUCUGACUGCAGGAGAGCCGUCUAAGGUCCAAAGAAUUGGUCCAGUCAAAGGGCUAAGUGGUCCUGCCAUUGCUGGCAUCGCAGCCGGAAUCCCCUGCAGCCUUCUCUUCCUGCUUCUCCUGGUCGGCCUCAUCUGCUUCUAUGUCUAUUGGAAGAAGAGCAAAAGCCAUCAGCCAAGAUAUCCUGUUUCCAGAGUCCCUGAGAAGGUAAAAACAACCCAGCUAGAUAUAACUACUCGUAACCGGCUGACAGAAGGGGUGAAGGCUCCCCCUGACUACAACAGAUUCCAGCAGACUCCUUCUGAAAGGUCUGUGGCUUUGCCUACAUUUGUCCCUCCACCUCCACUGCCUACCAGAGCUGCCACAACUGUCUAAGCUUAACAUUUGCUUUGAUGUAUAUAUUGUAAAGCAUGACUUAUUUGUAUGUUUUUAAAUAACUGAAAGGUAUUGUAUGUAUUUAUAUAUAUAUAUAUUUAACUUGAAUAAGGAUCUGUGUAAACAUUUGCUGAAUUUUUUUUAAAGCAAAUCAAUAGCCUGCCAUUUCUUACAGAACAGUAAAUCACUCAAAACAUCAACGGUUUUUGAAUGGAGAAGAAUGAGGAAUCCCUGCCUCUGAAUACUCAGAAAUCCCUCUUUUUUGUAAUUAAGUGAAAAUUAUUAAAAAUUCAAGUUAGUGUAUUGUCCUGCUACUUGACAGUUUUAUUACCAAGAGUCUGUUUUGUGAUAUUUUAUGGGCUUUUCUUGAUAUGUGCUGCUGACAGCAAUGGCUGGAGUCAUUGCAUUUUAUUGUCUGUACGUGUGUACGCUGAUUAGACAAAACAUUCAAACCAGCUGCCUAAUAUUGUGUGAGCCCUGCUUAUGUCGCUUAUACAGCUCUGACCCAUUGGGACAUGGACACUGGACCUUUGGGGGUGUCCCGUGGGUCUUCUGUGGAUCUGACUUGUUCUGUCACACUUCAUGAAUGCACUGGAGGUGAACACCCUGAGCUCUGUCAUGUUUCUCAAGCUGUUACUGGUCAGGUUUGGCACAUAGUGAGGUGCUCGUCCUGUUAAAGGAGGCUACUGCCGUUGCUGAAUGCUGUUGCCAUAUUCAGUUGUGUAGUUUGAGGUUUAUUUCACUCUUUGUCCUUAUGCUGUGACUACCAAUUAGUUUGGUCUUUGAUACUUCAGUGCCCGAAGGAUGUUCGCAUGCUGUUUAAGAGAAACGAGCAGGAUUUCUGCCACAAUUCAUGGAAAGAUUCAUGACAUGAAGAACCCAAAGCUUCCAGGCUUUGCUGCUGCAAUCCCUGGCAAAAAAAAAAAUCAUUCAGAAUUGAGUGAUUCCAUAUUUUUUUCUCUCUGCUUGAUCUAAAAAAGCAAUUAUUGACUACCACAUUUUUUUCUUGAUUUCUUUUAGUGUUUAAAGCCAGAAAAUUGACAUUUUAAGUGACUUUUGUGACAUGUCUGUGAUCUGCUUUUUCUCUACAAAAUUAAACAAUUAAAUGAGCAUCCUCCAAGACUGGUGAUUCUA